AUCACGGAUGCAGGAAUCGACAAGAGAUUCUGCCAGGAGGAGGACUCGAGUCGAUGAGCUCGAUUCCCUGGUCAACAAGUCUCAAAGCAAGUGUUGCAGCAAAAGCGCCAGAGUCCAGUCUGUCAACCGUUGUUGAAAGUAAACAUGACAAACAUGUCCUCAGAAGUGGCCAUCGUCACCGGUGCGGCGCAGGGCGUUGGACUGGCCGUCGUCAAACUACUAUGCGCUCGCAAGAUGCGCGUCGUCCUCAGCGACGUCAAUGUCGAAGCCGGGACCGCCGCGGCCACCGAGAUCAACCAGGAGCACGGCGAGGGCGCGGCCACAUUCAUCGCAUGCGACCUGUCCAAGACCCAAGACAUUGAGUCGCUGAUAGCCGACACUGUCUCCCGCUUCGGGGGCUUCUCCAUCCUCGUCAACAACGCAGGCUUUCUCCGGGCGCCUUUCCUGGCCAUCUCAGCUGAGGACAUUAAGGACACCAUUGCCAUCAACCUCACGGCUGUGGUGCACUCGACGCAGCUCGCUAUCAAGUUCUGGGACGAACACCCAGAAAUCAAGGGGCAGGCAAUCAGCGUCACCUCGUCCUCCUCGUUCAAGACGUACGCCAGCAUCGCCGCGUACGGUGCCGCCAAGGCGGGCGCGGCGCAGUUCACGUUUGCUUGCCGUGCGUUUGGACCUCGUAUCAGGGUCAAUGCUGUGGCACCAACGGCGAUUGCUACCGCCUUUGACAAGAACACCAUGAUGCGCGUCCCGACUGAGAGGACGGGGCCUGGAUAUACGCCCGAGGAGGAGAUGCGUAAUAUGGGGUUGGCCCGUCUGCAGCCUGAGGAUGUUGCAAGAGCCGUCGUGGAGUGCAUCGACGAUGAGUCGAGGUUUGGCAAGGUCGUCUAUCUGGAUGCCACAGAGGGUCAAAAGAUUCGCGGGGGAUUCUUAGGGGAGGACUGAGGGUUUAGGUACUAGCGAGAGUUUGAAAGACUCAUGUACAUAUGAGGUACUCGUGAGAACAAGAG